GUGUGGAAAUAUAUAUAAAAUACAGGGAAAUCUUGUUUUUGACUGCACUAGGCCUUUAAGGUCUGAAGAGAGGGAAGAAAGGAGGGAGGCUGGGUCCCAGUCCUUGUUCAUUAGAGCUGUGUUUGGAGGGCUGCACUGAGAGGGCGGACUUACAUCUGAACCUGACAGCUACACUGUGGUGAAUAGCUCAAAAGAUUCAAAAAUCUGGGAGAAAGUGCCAAGAAGACAGGAGUCUAAGGUUGCGAGUGUCUGACAGUAGAUAAGCCAAAGAGCGAGAGAGAGAGAAACUUUGAAGAUGACACCUGCCAGUUUGGUGUUAGGCUGGUUCCUGCUCGCUGUGAGGACAGUCAACUCUGCUGUGUAUCUGGACCCUGAGGAAGAGGGGUCAGGGGGACAGGAUGUAUUUGUAGUACCUCUGACUCCUUCCUCUCGCCUCGAGCUGAAUGAAACUGUCCUCUGCACCAAUGACCUGAUGAAGGUGGUCAUUCCCAGUGCCUUCUUCCUCAACAAAGAGCCACCUGUUUAUGUCUGGGAUUUGCACCUAAAUGACCCGGAAUGCCGUGGUGUUGAGGUUGGAGAUGACUAUGUCUUCAGCAUCAAGACUAAUCUAUCUGACUGUGGGACGAUCAUGGCAUCAGAUGAUACACAUAUUAUGUUCAUAAACACCAUACGCAACAACGAUUUGGAUGUCGUCACAAGGAACUACAUCAACAUCACGUUCGUCUGCCGUUACCCGAUAAACUACAUGGUACAGCAGCCCAAUGGGGAAAACGUGAUCAGAGUGGAUGUCAAGACCAUCACUCUGAACACAGAAGAUGGGAACUUCUCUGUGUCCAUGCUGCUUUAUAAAGACGAAGACUUUGAGGACAAGUGGACCACUGUGCCCUCCCUGACCCUGGACGACAACAUCUAUGUUAAAGUGUUGAUGAUACCGGCUCAUCUUUUGCUGCGUGUGGAGAGAUGCUGGGCUACCCCAACCAACGACCCGUACAGCAACAUCCAGUACACCUUCAUCAAGGACAGCUGCCCAGUUUUGUCAAACGAACCGUUGACAGUGCUGAAGAAUGGACAGGGGCCAGAGGCUAUGUUCAGGAUACAAAUGUUCAAGUUCGUGGGCAGCUCUUACAAGGAUGUGUUUCUCCACUGCAAUGUUCAGAUCUGUCACAACACACUUGGGGUCUGUCAGCCUAACUGUUCUGGUGAGGAUAACAAUGGGCGGAUGAGAAGAGAUGUCACUACGGCCCAUACAGUAUCUUAUGGACCAAUCAGGCGACGUCUGCCUGAGAGUGACCAACCCAGCCUGAACUCUGGAGGUGUGCCCUCGGUGGAGACCUUUGUCCUGGGAGGCCUACUUGUGUUCAUGCUGCUGUUCACUGGAGUGUUUGGGAGGCUGUGGCUGCGAACCAGGCGCUCCUACCCAACACAGGAGGCUCAGCUCACCUUGUCCAACAUACACCACAACUCAGAGGUGGCCCGCUGAUCUAACCCAGCAGUUCAAGCAAUGAGAACUGAUAUGAACUGAACUGGUGCACGCAGACACAUGAACACACAUUACAUUUCUGCAUAAGGAAAGAGGAAAGUAUGAAUUGACUGUAGGUUGGGGUGUAAAUAAAAUCUCACUGUAGAAAUUAGAGGGAUUUUGAAGAUGUAAAUGAGAACAUGUCUCUGCAAGGAGUGUUCUGUGUUGUUUUGUAGAGAAAAAUAAAGGUAUUUCAAAGAGCUGUUUAUGGCGUUUAAUUGUAAUAUUUCGGACCUUUUCAAGACAACCUAUUACAAGUGAGAUGUAAUACCGUGAGGUUAUUCCCCAUCUAUUUCAGGCGCACGUCUCCAGCCAAACUUCUCUACAUGAUGACGUAAUCAACUAGCGCCACUUGUAGCAACUAUCCAAAGAUGAGCUAGUUUGCUUUUUACAACACAGCGACUGGAGUCGAAAGACACGAUGUGAUUAUUUGUAACUGUCUAACAGCUACAACAUUGCCGAACUAGUUAAUUGUGUGUGGCUGGUGUUGUUGCCGAAUAUAAAGACAAGACUCA